UGUAAGAGUCAAAAGGCUAUAAAACUGCAUCUAAAGCUCUCAUAAAGGGCCGGCUUCAAUGUUCUUCCCACCCUCACCAAACUCCACCCUUCUUCAUUUCCGCUUCCAUACUGCUUCUUCUAUUUUCUAAAUCCCAAAAUGGGAAGGUCUCCUUGCUGUGAGAAAGCCCAUACAAACAAAGGUGCAUGGACCAAAGAAGAAGAUGAUCGCCUCAUCGCUUACAUCCGAGCCCACGGUGAAGGUUGCUGGCGUUCUCUCCCUAAGGCUGCUGGCCUUCUCCGUUGUGGCAAAAGUUGCAGGCUUCGUUGGAUCAACUACUUAAGACCUGACCUCAAACGUGGCAACUUCACUGAGGAAGAAGAUGAACUCAUUAUCAAGCUCCAUAGCCUUCUCGGCAACAAGUGGUCUCUUAUAGCCGGGAGAUUACCAGGAAGAACCGAUAAUGAGAUAAAGAAUUACUGGAACACACACAUAAGGAGGAAGCUAUUGAACAGAGGAAUCGAUCCAGCGACUCACAGGCCACUGAAUGAGGCAGGUGUUCAUCAGGAUGUGUCAUCCACAAUAUCCUUCAAUGGUGUUAAACAAGAAAAAGACAAGAUGAAUAACCCCAAUGGUUUUGUGGAGACAGAUGAGAAGAAAAUCCCAGCAGUUGAAGAAAGGUGUCCAGACUUGAAUUUGGACCUCAGAAUCAGCCCUCCUCUUUACCAUCAAACCCAGCAGCACGCAGAUCCAUUCAAAACUGGAGGGAAAACCCUCUGUUUAUUUUGCAGUUUGGGAGUUAAAAACAGCAGACAAUGCAUUUGCAGCAUCGAUACUGCUGCCAGCAGCAGUGGCAACAACACCAAUACUGCCUAUGAUUUCUUGGGCUUGAAAACUGGUUUCUUGGAUUACAGAAGUUUGGAAAUGAAAUGAUUGUUUCAGAGGGAAAUGUGGAAUUUUUUUUCCUUCUUUUUUUAACCAUGUAGCUUAAGCAGAAAUGGAGAGAAUUAAUUGACCAAGAGAUUGUUAUUUAGUUUUAAAAAACCCCUUUAAUUUUCUGUUUGAUCACCUCUAAUUUGUAUGAUUAUAUACAUAUAUAUAGUAAUGAUACAGGUGAUCAUUAUUCAACAAA